GAAAAAGGUUUUCCUGUCAUUGUCUGUAACAUCGGUCUCAUAUAUAUCGUGGCUACGAUAGGUCUUAAACGAUUUUUUACCCCAAAUUUGGGGCGAUAUCUUCUCACGUUAACGCGCCCUUACUCCACCAAGAUGGCCAUCUCAGAAACCGUCCCCGCCAUAUCGAACGGCGUAGCGCAAAUCGCACCUGAGAAGGCGGAGCCAGUAACUAGAAAAAAACUCCACGGGCGAGCAUUCUAUGAGAGCAUAGGAUCACCGAAAUAUAUCGUUGCGCCUAUGGUUGACCGGUCCGAAUUCGCAUGGCGCAUGCUCACCCGUUCCUUUAUGACACCCGAAGAGUCUAAGUCCGUUCUCGCAUACAGUCCUAUGUAUCAUGCGCGUCUCUUUGAGGAACAUGCUGGCUAUCGCGCAAAGGCCUUCCACCCGACUCGCGCUUGGGGCGACACCAAAUGCAAAGGCGAUGACUCUCCAUACCUCGACGGAAACCCAGCGAUUGACCGGCCGCUAUUUGUGCAGUUCUGCGCCAAUGAUCCUGAUGACUUUUUUAACGCCGCGCGCCAUGUGGCACCUUAUUGCGACGCCGUUGAUUUGAACCUGGGUUGUCCGCAAGGCAUUGCAAGGCGAGGCCACUAUGGCGCUUUCCUGCAGGAGGACUGGGACUUAAUCUACAAAUUGAUCAACAAGCUUCAUAUGGAACUCGAAGUCCCUGUUACGGCGAAGUUUAGAAUCCAAGAAUCGAAGGAGAAGACUUUGGAGUAUGCCAAGAUGAUACUCUCCGCUGGCGCAAGCAUAAUCACCCUCCAUGGACGGACAAGAGAGCAAAAGGGUCAUAAUACCGGGCUGGCUGAUUGGAGCUAUAUUAGGUAUUUACGAGAUAACCUGCCCCCGGACACUGUUAUCUUUGCGAAUGGGAACAACCUGAACCACGACGAUUUGGCACGCUGCCUCGAGGCAACCGGCGCAGAUGGUGUGAUGAGCGCCGAAGGAAACUUGUCGGAUCCCUCUAUCUUUGCUAAACCUCCUCCAGUCGGCAGCGAAGGGAGAGAAUACUGGCGAGGCAGAGACGGAAGAGGAGGAUACCGCAUCGAUGCAGUAUUCCGACGGUACUUGGACAUCAUUUAUAAAUACGUCCUCGAACAGCCCGUCCCGGAACGAAAACCUCUAUACAUCCCCUCCGACCCAGAGGAAGAAGCGCUACCGCAAUCAAACACUACUACCAACACCACAGCACCGGCAGCUGAAGUCGAAGCCCAUGGUGGAGAAGAGAAAGAAGAAGAAGAAGAGGGACCGCCUAAGAAGAAACAGAGAAAACAAAAGGUUCCCCAUAAAUUCCGCCACGGGAACCCCAACAGCCCUUCUACGAAGUUCAUGCAAGCACAUCUCUUCCAGCUCUUCCGCCCUCUGAUUGCCACGCAUACAAACGUCCGCGAUGCGCUCGCCAGAUCCUCACCGUCCGACAUGUCAACCUUCGAGCACACACUCUCCAUUCUCGAGGAAGAAGUCAGGAAGGGGCUUAAAGAGUACAAGCAGUUUCCUGAGCGCUUUGAGCAUAAGCCCGAUCCGAGCUUGACCGGGUCGAAGGCGACAAUUGCGGAAUAUGGAAGGCCGUUCUGGGUCUGUCAGCCGCAUAUUCGACCAACGCCGGAGGAGGCGAUGGAGGUUGGGGCAUUGCAGGUUAAGAAGGGAGAGAAACAGAAGAAGGCAGAGGUUGAGAAUGAGCAGGAUAAAGCAAAUGAUAGGAUGGAGGCUGUUUCUUCGGUUCACACUGUGGAAGCGGCCGAUACACCGACAACGGCAGCGAAGGAUGCGUUGCUGAGUGGUUAA